CCUCAUCUGACGCGCCAGUAAAUUAUCUGCUAGAAGGUACUCAAACGGUAUGCGGCAGCACUCUCUGUAUGCAUCGCUGCGGUGCGUUGUGCACCCAGCCGAGCUGGACGUGCCGGAACUGCUCGCGCUAGAGCUGUGUCUGCUCGAUGGUGGGGCGACGAUCCUGGAGGACAUCAACGCCGCGAGCAGCAGCGCCGUGACGCACAUCGUGUGCCACCCCAAGGCCUAUCAGAACUUCAUGCAGCAGCGAAAUGAGCGCUUUGUGGCGCUAGUGCGACCCGAGUGGGUCUUCCGUACCUUCCUUCUGCAGCGGCUGCUCCCUGUGGACCGAUUUAAUCCCAACCCAGCGUUUGUCUUCUCUACACUCGCGAUCUCAGGGGGUACGAUGGGGAAGGACGCGCGGAAGGUCACCAAUGGCCUCAUCACUCACUUUGGCGGGCAAAUCGUCGACCAGAAGGAAGUUUAUCCUGGAGCUACACACAUUCUGCACCAGGAAGACAGCAGCAAAGACACUAUGGAGCCAGAAGAACAGGAUUUCCAGAAACUGCUACAGCUUACCUUCUCAAAGGCAGAUCUUGCGCGGAGUGUCGAUGCGUGGAGGCUUCAUAUGUCGACGCAUGAGGCGGACUCGUCGUAUACACUGCCCAGUUGUGUCGUUGCGUACAUGGGACAACGAGCGGGGUUGGACAAGCAGCAUCAUGUCAAAUACACGUGGAUUGAAGAGUGUGUGAUGCGGCAGAGUCGAGUGCCGGAAGGACCUUUUGCUUACAAACCGACUGGAGCUGCUGAGAUCAAGCCAGGCAAGAAGGGACGCAGCUGGAAAACCCAACCGGAAGUGCACCUGGAAGAUUUGAACCUCAGCAAGUGUGCUCAGGUGUAUCAACUGGGAAGGACGGAACUCGGUACCGAUCUUCGGUAGUUCGCAGGUUGUCUAACGAGAAACUCGAGGCAAUGAAGAAGACACUGCAUGGCGCGAUAGUACUCCUCGCUCAACAUAUUGCCCCACUACUGCGAGAAAAGUUGUCCGACAUGCUGAAGACAGUAGAUGCCAAGGUGGCGAAUGUGCCGUUUGGUGAUUCGUAUCAGGAUAUUGUGGGUAAGGUGGUCACAAAUGCGUCGUUCGUGGUGUGCCGCUACCGUGGUGGCUUCGAGUACAACGAGGCCAUGCGUCAAGGCAAAAAGGUGGUCAGUAUCUAUUGGGUUCUGGCAGGUCUCUCGCAAGUGAGCAAGCCGACCGCAUACAACGAGGCGAUUCAGCGCCCUGUUAAGUCCUUUGGAAGUAUCCCUGGAAUGCAGUCUUUCGUCAUUACGCUGUCCGGAUAUUCCAGCAAAUCAAGUCCAACUCGAGAAGAACUUCAGAUCGCUAUCCACGCCACGGGCGCAUGUUUGCUUCCGGUGCUUUCACGAGCCCAUUCUACACACCUCCUUUGCUACGAAGCCUCCGGAGAAAAGUACAAGAAGGCGUUGAGCUGGAGAUUCGAUAACGUCUUGAGUCACGAGUGGAUCUUCGCGUGCCUGUCGAAUUGGGACUAUGUCCCGGAGCUUGCAUUCCGGUAUAAUGUCAUUAAGGAGCUAUCGGGGGAUACAGAUAGCACUGCUUCGGAUCACAGUUCGAAGAAGAAGGAUAGUGGAGACAUCAAUCCUGAGGAAGAAAUAGUAAACAAAACGAAGCUAGCGAUCACACCCCACGUGAGAAGUGCAAAGAAUGCGAAAAAGGGUGGUGAAGGGCGAUUUGACGUCGACGGCAUUCUCACUGAGAUUGACAAGGUACCUACUCCAACUAACCAGAAGACUCCAGCUAACCGAAAGACUCCGACUCCAUCGACAACCUCUAAAUCAUCCACGACGACUUCCGGCCGUGCGAAAGAUGUUACGUGUACGCUAUUUGACACACCGACGAAUACUGCCUCACCUUCAAAUAAUAAACGGAAGACGCGCAGGAAUGCUGCUGAGGAAGAAUCUGCAGAUGUGGAAGAAGUCGAGAAAGAACCAGCAGCGAAAACUGAUAUCGAAAACGCAAAGGAGCCCCCGCUUGUCAUAAGUAUCAGCAGUGACAGCAACGUUGACGAAUCGGCCACUACAGAGGCAGCGAACAUUCAGCCUGCAAACCAGGAACCGGAAGACACCAAGAUGCCUGCUACGAAGUCGAAAGCGAAAAAGCGCAAGAGCGCUGCUGACUCGGACGAACCGGACACGUCGAAGUCGACCAGAGCUUCGUCAAAAAAGCAGAAGAAGGAACCAGCAGCUACGAAGAAAACACGUGCAGCUUCGCCACCUAAAAUCAAGCGAGUGUUCCUCUUGACUGGUGAUCGGGACCAGGCUAUACUGCACACUUCGAUAAUAACUUCUUUGGGCGGGAGCGUCAGUGAAUUUAGUCGCGAGUUUGACAGCAACUGCACGCACAUCAUUUGCAGUGAACUCAAGCGGACGGAAAAGUUUAUCGCUGGAUGUGCGGCUGGCAAGUGGAUAUUGAAGCCUUCAUACCUAGAGACCUGCUCUACUGCUGGAAAGUUUCUCGAAGAGGCUGCACACGAAUGGGGAACCCACAAAUCUGACAAGAAGGAUAUCGACGCGCGUAUUUGGCCCGAGGUGUGCGCAUACUGGCGUAAGGAGCGCGCUGGUGGCCACCCCGGUGCUUUCAAUGGAUGGCGCUUUUUCAUCCAUGCGAAGUGCGUCCCCCCUCGAGAUAUGUGUGAGCGUAUUGUCCUCGCUGGUGGAGGUUCCGUGAUUCAGCUCACGAAGUCCGUCGAUUUUGACAGUUUGUCAAAGGAGUCGACCCCAGAGGCGCCUGUGGUGGCGCUGUUUCCUCCCGAGGUGCCAACACGAGACUUGUGGUUAAAGAAGAUCAAGACCCACGACAUCGAAUGUAUCAAGGCGACGUUCCUCAUUGACUACAUCACGAAGAAGCAAUCACCGCCUGCUAAGCGCGCAGACUACCGUCUUUAGAGUCUACAGUUGGUCUCUGUGCAAAUGGAGUGUGCGAAGGUGCACAAGAAGUUAGUCGUCCAGCUCGAUGAGAUCGGUCUCGUCCUUGUAGAUCUGUCCACGAAUGACACAGAUGCAGAGAAUAUUUAGCAGUGUGUUCUUGAAUAACGAAUGAUCCCAACAAUACUCACCCUUCCGAAGCGUUCG